AUCCGGAACAAAAAAGAAAGAAAAAAGGCCUUCCUUCCAUAGCCUUGUUUGGUUCGUCUGGUUCCCGCAAGCAAGAUCUAGCAGCAAUAAGGUAUACAGUCACUCAAUUUGGACCCAUGACUCUUCCCUUCCUCGACGGCGUUGUAAAGCAGUGUUCUUGAUUCUGUUCCACGACUAUCUUGGUUUUGAAAAUUGACCCAGUGUCCAUGGAUGGGAGCGAGGACAAGGCUGUUUCCUUGAGUAAUGAUUUGGGUUCUUCAUCUACAGUCACAAUCACUGAGCCUGUUGCUAGUGGUAGUGAGAAACCCCCGGUUGCCGAGCUUGCUACUGGGGAAGUUGAGGGAAACAGAGAGGGAGAGAGUGAGAGCGUGAAGACUUCCGCUGAGAAGGUGGCAGUGGAGGAAGGUGGCGGUUCUUGUAGUGAAGUAGAUAAAGAAGUUGGGGGUUCAGGGUUAGGUGUACGCCAUUCUGAUGGUGGGGUUGGGGAGACUUUACAGAAGAAAGUGGUGCUUGUGUUUGAUGGGCGGGAAGUAGAUUUGGAGAGAGCUGCGGAAGAUGCAGUUGAUGAUAUUCCAGUGGGGGAAAUUCAGGACUCAACUGUUCAGUCCUCCGGUGUUGCUGAGGGCUCUUCCAAGGAAGAACAAAGAGAAGAGUUGAAAUUUGAGGAUCUUGGAGGUAAGGAUGGAGGUGUGAGUUGUAGUGAUGGCAAAGAUGAUGAUGAUAGGGCUUCACCUGAUGGUGGAGUUGAUAAGAACCCUAGUACCGAGGUCAGGAUUAGUGGUGAGAUUUUUUCUUCUGUAGAUAAGAGGUCCACAGAUGGAGAUGUAGCUGAAGAGGGUGAAACCAAAGUUACUGGUGGUUCCAAUGAUGCUGAAACUUGUGUUGUACAGGGUUCAGCGGAUGCUUCCGAAGGUGGGGAAGUUCAAAUUUCACGGGUUUCAGUGGAUGGGGAUACCCAACUCUUGGAUAAUUCUGUGGAUGGGGAUGCACAAGUAAAUGAUUUGUCCAGUUGUGGUGAAACUCAGGCCGUACAAAGAUCACUGGAUCAGGAUUCCCAUGUCAUAAGGGAUUCUGAUAAUGAGAACAUGGAUGGUUCCAGGGAUGUGGGAACACAAGUUACUGAUGGCACCAAGGUGAGGGAACCUCUGUUUGCACAAGUUUCAGUCGAUGGCGAUAACCCACCUUUGGAAAUUUCGAGGGAUGGAGGUUCUCAAUACAAUGAUUUUUCGGAGGAUGGGGGAACUCAGGCUAUACAAAGUUCAGCGGAUCAGGUUAUGCAAGUUGUAGAGGAUCCUGGUAAGGAAGACAGGGAUGGUUCCAGAGUUUUUGAUGGCCAAGUCAACGUUGUCAUCAGUGAUGGAGAAACUCGGGUAACACAGGGUUCACUGAAUGAGGAUACCCGAAUUGUAGAGGAUACAGAUAUGGUAGCUGUAGAUGAUACUGAUACCCAAGACCUGGAUGGUUCCAGGGACGGGGAAUCUAGGGUUAUACAAGGUUCUAUGGAUGAGGAUAUUUACAGGGAUGUGGAAACCGAGGUUCCUAAUGAUUCCAGUGGCGGGGAAACUCAGGUUGUGCCAGGUUCAGUGGAUGAGGAUACCCAAUUCGUAGAUGGGAAACCUCAGGUUUCGAAGGACGAGGAUAUGGAGGGGGGUUUAACCAAGAAAGACACUGUAGUUCCCAUGGAGGAUCUGAUCUCUCAGGAAGUCGGACCAUUAGAGAAUGACCCCAAAGAUCUAGAUAUGAGAAGUGGCUUUGGGGGCACUUCCGGGGUUGAGAAUAUAUUUUUUGCUGCUACUGGUAAAGUCGAAUUGGCUGAAGAGUCUGAGGGGCAUCCAAUGAAAACUGUUGAAGUCGAGGAAGAUGCUGCUCAAGAUUCAGAGCCAGAUGAAAGUGCUCUUCUGGGCGAUGAAGUAUUUAAUAAUGAAAAUGAAGCUGCCUCUCGACCUGAAUCUACUGUCUUGGAAGAUUUAGGACAGCAGAGCCAGGUUCUGGAGGAGGCACCGGUGUUUAUGGUAAGUGCGGGAGGUUCAACUCCCCCAUUAGAAGCAACUGGUAGUGAUUCUCUUGAAAAAGCCCCUACAAGUGUUGCUUUGGAGGGGAUGCUAUCAAGUGCUGCCAAUGAUACGGUUCAAAUGGUGGAAAAUGAGAUUGAUAAUGUCACCUCUGAAACUAUGGAUGAAGAGGGACAAGAUCCUGUUGAAGGGAAAAUGGCAUCAGUUGAUGAAGAAAUUACCUGUGCUAAUAUUGAAGGUAUGGAUGCUGAUGCUGAUGCUUAUAAUGAAAAUGUUUGCUUUUCAGUGGAAGAACUCCAAGCAUCAGGUGAGAUGGUAAACGGGAGCACUGAACAUCACUAUCACGCAAUUGCAGAUCCACCAUCUUUCUCCCAGCCAACUGAUGUAUUUAUUGGAGGUGAAGCUGCAUAUCCUUUGGAGAAUAAGGUACUCCUGAGUUCUGGAAAAGAACAGUUAAUAUACCACUCUAUCUCUUUUGAUCAUUUCUGGGCUCACUCACAUGUGGAGCCAGUCCUGACAAAUGGCCAGCAAAUUACUGAUGCUGAACAAACUCGUCUGCAGAAACAGCAGGGAAUAACAGUUCCGGACCAGCUAGUAGUGAAGGCUGAAUCAGGUAAAGAUAGUGUGGUAAAUGGCAACAGUCAUCAGUCUCCAGAUUCAGCAUCUUCUUUCCGGUCCACUCGGGCAGUCGCUGGAGAUGAUGUUGCUGAAAUGGAUACCUUUGUCCAUUUAGAUGCAACCCUAUGUCCUGCUGGUGACAAUCAGAAUCUAAAUCCUGAGACAGCAGGGGUGGGGUUGGAAAUAAAUUGUGAAGCAGCUUCCAUCCAGAGCAAUGUGUUGGCCUCUAACGUUGAUACUACGGAUGAGAAAUCAUUGAAAUGGGCUAGUCUACACCGUGGAAGCUUGGGAAGUGCACACCAAGCUAGUUAUCAGCUACCGUCUGACCAUGAAGGUGAAUUUCAUGUAUCUGAUCUGGUUUGGGGAAAAGUUCGGAGCCAUCCUUGGUGGCCUGGGCAGAUAUUUGACCCCUCAGAUGCCUCUGAACAAGCAUUGAAGUAUCAGAAGAAGGACAGGCUUUUGGUUGCAUAUUUUGGAGACCGGACAUUUGCAUGGAAUGAAGCACCUCUUUUGAAGCAUUUCAGAUCACAUUUCAGGCAGGUAGAGAAGCAGAGUAAUUCAGAAUCAUUCCAGAAUGCUGUCGGUUGCGCUUUAGAAGAAUUUUCCAGGCGUGUCGAAUUGGGCUUGACUUGCUCCUGUGUGCCAGAAGAAGAUGCAGACAGAAUCAAGUUUCAGCUCUUUGAUAAUUCUGGCAUCCAGCAAGAAGCCUGUAAAAGAGGCGAUUUUUUGGGCAAGUCUGGAAGUGCAGAUUUGUUUGAACCUGUCAAGUUAGUUAAUUAUGUGAAAUCUCUUGCACAAUAUCCGACUGGUGGGGCUGAUCAAUUGGAUCUUGUGAUUUUGAAGUCUCAGUUGCUCUCCUUCUAUCGGUUGAAAGGUUAUUCCCCGCUGCCUGAAUUUCAGUUUUGCGGAGACUUGUCGGAGGAUGCAGAUUCUUCUGUCCACGUCAGUGGUGAGGGAUCUGAUGAUCAUAUAGGCUCUGUCUGUAAAGACGACUCGAAAAGUUUGGAAAUUUCACAGGCCCAGAGGCCAUAUUAUUAUAAACGCAAACAUAACUUGAAGGAUGGUGUCUAUUCAAGCAAAAAGGAAAAGUGGGAUUCUGUAGAGGAUGAAGUAGGAGCUGCAGAUGGGAAAAUGGUUUCACCAUCUUCUGCAAAGAGACGAAAGGGUCCUAAUCAUUUUAGUGAUGAAUCAGUUCCGUCGGAAGGGGUGAAAACUAUAUCUCUUGCAAAAAUCUCAAAUACUACAUCAGCUUCUGUUCCUAAGCCAUCCUUUAAGAUUGGUGAAUGCAUCCGUCGAGCUGCUAGUCAUAUGACUGGAUCUCCCUCUAUGCUGAAAUCAAGCAGCCAGAAGUUUGAUGGAAGCAGUGAUGUAUAUGACAGCCCCCUACUGGAGCAGUCUGAUGAUACCGAGAGCAACAGAUUGGUGGCUCCAGUGGAGACUCAUUCAUCUGUAGAUGAGUUGCUAUCACAACUUCAAUCAGCAGCACGGGAUCCCUUGCAAAGGGAUGGUUGCUUGGAUGUCUUUUUUAGCUUCUUCUCAGAGUUCAGGAACUCUGUGGUUGUUGUUGAUCAGCAUGAUAAACUUGGUAAGAGGAGGAAGGUGUUUCAUUCAGCGGGCGAUACUGAAACAUUUGAAUUCGUGGACAUGAAUGACACUUAUUGGACCGACAGGGUUAUUCAAAAUGGGUCAGAAGAGCAGCCACCGCCUACUACUCGAAAGAGUAGGAAAAGAGAGAAUCUUUUUGUACCGGUCAGUCUUGAUAAUAAGCAGACUCAGAGGUCAACUGUCAGGAACAAACGACACAUAUCUGAUGGUAAUGACUACAACAAUGUGCCCCCAGAUACAAAACCAAUCGGCUAUGUGGAUGAGAAGGCACCAGCGGAGCUUGUGAUGCAUUUCCCGGUUGUGGAUUCCGUACCUUCCGAGAUGAAACUGAAUAAGAUGUUCAAAUGUUUUGGACCUCUCAAAGAAUCCGAGACGGAAGUUGAUAGAAACACCAACCGUGCCAGGGUGGUUUUCAGGCACUGUUCUGAUGCACAGACUGCAUAUGGUAGUGCUUCAAAGUUCAACAUUUUUGGGUCGUUACUUGUAAAUUACCAGCUCAACUAUACCAUAUCUGUGCCAUUUAAAUCCGAGCCACUUCCUAUGACACAUGGCGAGGAAGAUGAAACUGUUUUCCUCCAGUAUUGAAGAGACUGGACGAGGCAACAAAUAUCCAGAUACAAUCGGCACAUGCACUUGCAACCAAGGAGAGAGAGAGAGAGAGAGAGCUGUCGAAGAGCUUGCUGGCAAGGGAGUGUUAAUGUGCCUCCUCCGUUGCUGAUCCCAAUAUAUGUCGCUGAUGCUACGACGAAUGACCUAAUUUUGUGCAGAAAUAUCACUAGGCUGCCAUAGCUGUAAUUGUAGAUGGUUUGGCCUGCUCAUUUUAUCAUAUAUCUAUAUGUUUCAGUGGCUGAUUCAUGCCAAUAGGUGGUCUCUUGUUGUCCACUAUGAUAUGGUGCCCAGUGAAGUGUAAAAUGAUGUUAUCCAGAACUAAGAGUGUGCAUGGUCAAAAAUCAAAACGUGGUUGAGAAUUUGAGUUUGGAUCUCAAAAUCCCUUGAUUCUCUCCUCUUGUCAUGAACCAGAAAAAGGUAUUAGUGGCUGA